AUGGCCGAGUUACUUGAGAGUGUUGUCAACGUGGCAAAGAAGGAUGAGGACAAGACCUUAGCCCGGGAUCAAGCUAAGGAAAAUCCCAGCUGGCCUUUUGAUGGACACGAUGAAGAGCCCUCUGAGCAUCCUCUUCUCAAGGCGGACGACACACAACAGGGCGGGUCUGGCAAGUCGGCUCCUGCAGAACAAAACAAGUAG